CCAGAAGUGUCUUUAAAAGCAUUGACAAAGAUUCUUUAUUGAUCCUAAAGGUAAAAAAUUAUGGCUUUAAAUUUUUUCCUCUGAAUUUAUUCCUUUUCUCAUUCUGUGAGGUGGAAAAUUGUAGAUUCUCUUUGUAUUCUUAAAUGUAAAACAUAGAGCUGGCAAUCUUGACAUGGGCAGAAAUGUGUUACACCUUCUAGGUUUGCACUUUCUUUGCAUUUUCCUCUCAAACUGAUCCGUCUGGUGAGUUCUUCACUCUAGUGUAGACACCAAAUUCACCAAGAUGGUACAGUUCAGAAGUCUUACAAGGGUUUAUGAUUGGAUAUCUUAGCAUUUAUUUUAAAUACCUGUGCAAAAAAAAAAAAAAAAUCUUUGGUAUUUGCAGGAAUAGUUGUAGCAUCACUUUGCAGUGAGGCAGAGGAAGCUUUAAAAUGAGACAGUGGAGCUUAGGCAAGGAGGAGCAUUUCUGCUCAAAAAAAAAAAAAAAAAAAGGCCUGGAGCAAGGGACAGCUGUAAUGGACACUCUUGACUUCUGUUCUUGGAAACACAGACCUGCUUGCUGAUUUGAGCUUGUGAAUUGAAAGGUUGUGAGAAAUCACCACCAAAAAGAUAAAAAAAAUCUAAAAAGCGUAUUUUUGAUCUGAGCUUAGCCUUAGGUCAGGAGAUGAAAAAUGAUCCAGAAUUCUGUUAUGCCCCAAGUGAGAUGGAUCAGGCAGGGUCUCAGGAGUUGCAGGACUUUGAUUUCAACUCUGUAAAAAUCGGGAUGCGUCGGAGAUGUCUUGGUUUCGAGUCCCCCGUGGGCGAGGGUGGGAAUCCAGCGCUCAUCACGUCACUGAGUGCUUUUGGGGACAACCAUAGCACAAUCGCACCUUUAAUCAGGACCCCAUCCCCCCCUUGGCCGGUGCCCCCGCCGGACUCCCCUCUCUCCUGGGCGCCCUGCGUGAAACCCCCGCACUCCGGGGAGGAGCCGGGGAUGCGGAGCAGCGAUGUGCCCGGCCGGAGGGUUUCCACGGGAGGCCUCUCCCCGGGGCGGCUCCGGUACAGGCCGCGGUUUCCCGGGGGACGACGGGUGCUGGGGGUGUGUGUGACCCGAACGGAACCAUUCGCUUUGGCUUUCCGGGUCGGCAUGGCGGCGGGGCGGUCCGGAGGAUGCCGCUGGUGGUGCUGUGCGGGCGUGCGGGUAGCGGGAAGAGCCGGCGUGCGGCGGAGCUGCGGGAGGCUUUGUGCGGGCCGGAACGGCAAGUGCACGUCGUGACCGAGGCUGAAGGCGGCCGAGCGGCGUUGCGGGCCGAGGUGGAACGGCGGCUGAGCCGGCGGGACGUGGUGAUCGUGGAUGCGGGCAACGAGGUGCGGAGUAUCCGCUACGAGCUGUACUGCGCGGCGAGGCAGGCGGGCACGGCGCGCUGCCUCCUGCACUGCGCCGGAGGCCCCGGCCGCCCCGACGAGCCGCCCUUCGAGGUUCCCGACCCGCGGAACCGCUGGGACCAUCCGCUCUUCACGGUGCACGGGGAGGAGCCGCUGCCGCUCUCCGACAUCCGCGCCGCCCUCUUCGAGAGCGUUCCGCCGCCCCCGCACCGCGCUACCCGCACGCAGCCCCUCCAAUCCAGCGGGUUCCUCCAUCACCUCGACCGGGUCACACAGGAGGUUCUGGCCGCCGUCAUGGCCGCACAGAGGAGCGGGGCGCAGCCCGGAGAGGUGGUUCGCGUGCCCGGUGUCGCCGAAGGGCUGGUGUUGAGCCGGGCCGUCAGCAUGGCCGAGCUGAGCCGGCUGCGGAGGCAGUUCAUUAGCUACACCAAGAUGCAGCCCAGUGAUGAGAACUUGCCCCAGUUGGCCAGCAUGUUCAUUCAGUACCUGAGCCGCAGCAUCCAGUGAGCCCUGUCACCUGUGCCACACGCGGCGGUGGCCGUGGUCCCUUCCCAAAGUACUGGGAACAGUAAGAACGUGGCUUCCAGGCACUGGGUCCUACCUGCUGCUAAUCAAAUGCAGCAACAGCAGCUCUGGGAAGCUGGAUGCCUCGUCCCUGCAGCAGCUGAGCAAGCUGUAUCUCCAAGAGGAUCUGUAGGGAUGCUGUUCUCCCACCCCUGAAUUCUCGCUUCCAUCUUUCAAACAGGAGAGCUACUGCUGCAUCCCCAAGCAAGUCAGAUUUCCUAUGGAGACCUACACCCCAGUAAUCAAAUGGUGUCGGAACAUCAAAGCCCAAAAAAGAUGACUGUAAUAUUGGCUUGUGCAUGUCUUGAAUAGGAAGAUUUUUUUUUCCAAUACUAUCUCCAGAUAAUGUCAAACUGCAGAAGAGACUUCAGGUCCAGAACUGGAACAGGUUGUAUUUUUUAGGAUGGAGCUGUUUCAAAAUACCUUGCUGAACCUGGGAGCUCUUUGCAGACUACACAACAGAAGGGUGCUGGCUUAGCAAUCUUGCCUCUGAUUCAGGUCUAACAAUAAAAUUUGUGCCUUAAAUGGAGUAAAGUCUUUAUUUACUGCAGGACUGUAUUAUUGGAAUGAUUUGCUAUGUCUUUUUUUCUGCAAGGUGCUCAUUUAAAACCCACCAGUUAUUUGAGAAUGCUUUCAUAGGAAGAGUGAGCUAAAAUGGCAGUGUCUGUUCUGGGUAAACCCUUACAGGUCUGCACGUACUGUGAGGGGUCACUUAGCUUUGUGCUUCUUUCCAACUAAUUUUGGACUUUGCUAUACCACAUAUGUAGCUCUUGUAAAUUUUUCACCUUCUGGUUGAUGCUUCAACACUCACUUUAAUAAAUUGUGGUUUUUGGUUUUGA